UAACUAACCACUGAUUCCCUAGGGCUGGGAGAAUCCAGAAUAAAAAAAAGUGUGUUUUAGUUUGUUAAAAAAUAACCUCCUGAAUAAUCUAACAUAUUAACCUGAUUUUCGAAGCAGAGACCUGCGUAUCAAGACAACACUGAGGGAGUUGCUUAUCUAUGCAGUCUUUCUCAUAAACCUCUGCAUUUGAACGGUGUGUGACACUAGCUGGUUUCUAAACACCCAGUAUUAUUUUUUUCUUUGCGGGAUCCAAAUGUAAAGAAACUUGGAAUUUUUUGGAUUGUUUUUUGGGGAAGGAAAUUCAGAAACUGCUUGUAUGAUUUACCAGUAACAUUUGGUCAGGUAAGCACAGAUAUGUAUUUCCAUACUAAAGUGAUGUCCAGGCUGUUUUUGGAAAGUUUCAUCUCAGGAGGAGAUAUAACUUUCAGAUCUCUUAGGACUGUGGACGAUAUUUGGAAGUAUUUGGAAGGACCUUUGCUGGAAAAUCUUUACUGGAACGAUAGAUUCCCAAAGAAGAGCCUGGAUGAAAAUGAAAGCUUUAUCUAUUUCGAAAACGUAUUGUUAGGUGUUCCAAGAAUCAGACAAGUUAAAGUGACUAACACGUCCUGUUCUGUGCAUGGGUCAUUUGCUUUUGAAAUGGAAUGUUACGAUGCAUAUUUAACACUUAAAGAAGAUACUGCAUCUUUUGGGCCAAUGAAUAGCACGGCCUGGAUCUACUCUCCUCCAAGCUCUGUCGUGGACAUCCACUGGGGUUGGGUGUCUACAUACAGUGGAGGAGGAUUUUACUUGGACCUUGAGAAAGCAAAGGAGAAGAAUGCAGACAAGAUCAGAACUCUCAGGAGCAACCGGUGGCUGACAAGAGGCAGCAGGGCUGUCUUUAUAGACUUCUCUGUAUACAACAGCAACAUUAACCUCUUCUGUGUGGUCAGGUUAGUGGCAGAGCUUCCCGCCACUGGAGGUGUCUUAACGUCUUGGCAGUUUUACUCUGUUAAGCUCUUGCGCUAUGUCUCCAGUGUGGAUUACGUCCUUGCGUUAUGCGAGGUAGUUUUCUGCCUUUUCAUUAUUGCUUUCGGAUUCCAAGAAUGUGUGGAACUUUAUCAGAAGAGAUGUUCUUACUUCAUUGAAUUUUGGAAUUGCUUAGAAUUGAUAUUAAUUGUGAUGUCUGUUGUAGCAAUCUCUUUCAAUGUUUACCGUACUUCUGAGGUGCAUACCUUGCUUGAGAGCCUACAGGAGAAUCCACAGAAGUAUCCUGAUUUUCACUUUCUAGCUUUCUGGCAGACUCAAUACAAUAACAUGAUUGCUGUCAAUGUGUUCAUUUGCUGGGUAAAGGUAUUCAAAUAUAUAAACUUCAACAAGACAAUGAAUACACUGACCUCUACUUUGUCCCACUGCGCUAAAGAUGUUAUUGGAUUUGCAGUUAUGUUUUUCAUCAUUUUCUUUGCUUAUGCUCAGCUAGCAUAUCUCCUCUUUGGUUCCCAAGUGGAGAAUUUUUCAACUUUUAAAAACUGUGUGUUUACCCAGUUUCGAAUAAUCCUUGGAGACAUUAACUUCAAUGAGAUUGAGCACUCAAACCGGAUUCUUGGGCCAAUUUAUUUUACCACUUUCGUGUUUUUUGUAUUUUUUAUACUUUUGAACAUGUUUUUAGCCAUUAUCAAUGACACAUAUUCUGAAGUAAAAUUAGACCAGUCCAUCCAGAAUGCAGAGUUUGAAGUUACUGAUUUUAUCAAGAAGGCCUGUGGUAAAGCCCUUGUUAAACUGAACUUCAGGAAGAAGCUGCAGGGGAGGACCACUGACUGUAACCAUGAAGCUGGAGAGGGAAUCACCUUAAACACAGUCCAGAUAGGUACAACAAACCAAGUAGAAACUGAAGAACACUUCACAGCAUUUGGUACAGAAAGCAAUACAGAUAUUACAAGAGAGGAAAGAGAAGAAGAACAAAUAAUGGGAUGGGACCUGGAGAGGCAGAAGGAAAGAGUACUGAACUCCACUCAUCUUGACAAGGGAGAAGAGUUUAUGUCUCUGUAUGUUCCACGCCAGGAAUAUCAACAGCUGGCUGAGCAUGUCUCACUAUUGCAGAAGAGAAUCGAUGCUUUGACUUUCAUGAACAACAGGAUCCUUGUAAGACUAAAUUCUUUUGAAGGUAUUAAUAAGUUGGCAACUGAAGAUAACUGGGAUACAGAUGUUGAAGAUUGUUCUUGAAGAAGCACUUUCAGGGGAACUUUUAAGGAAGAGCUAUUAAGCAUACUCUAUAAACAUCUCAUAGUGUAAACAUUUUUUCCCUUGCACCAAAGAUACUUUCAAAUGUACCAACAUGUACAACCAAAAUGAUAUUAAACACCUUGUGCUUAAUAAAA